AGAUAAAAAGUAGCAAGGUGCUGAGGCAUUUCUUUUCCAACAAAUCAAUAUUUUAAAGUUUCGAUUUAUUCGUUUAUCUUUCCAUUUUGUUUGUUAUCCUGUAAUUUUCAUUAGUAUCUAAUGAGAAUCAAUAUAUCGGUAAGAUAAAUUAUGUAAAAUGGAUACGUAUGAACACCGGUAUCAAUACAGUUGAGGAUAUUACGCCAUUUCUUCUAGGCUUCUAAAUAACUAAAAGAAUUUGGUGACUGAAGAAACAAGACAGAAGAUUAUAAAAGCUUUUUCAUUUAAUGACAAAAAAGUUUAUGACCAGUUUGUGGCCAUAAACUGUCAAGUGUAGUGAAUCAAGAUGGACCUUCCUGAUUGCCCCCCAGGGGCAGAGGGCUAUGAAGACUCCGUUACUGAAAUGCCAAAAAAGUCCGAAGAUCCUUCAUGCACUAAGGCAGAGCUGGAGUUUCAAGAGCAUUUGAACAGCUUAAAGAUAAGACUCGAAGAUGGAAGCGUUCGGUGCAUGGUGGAGAGGCGGGGCCGAGACGUGUCGUCGAAUUGGAUAUACUUAUGUUAUCCCUGCGCUGCGGUCUGCAGUGGCGAGAGCAUUUUGCAGACGCAUAUAUCGGGGAAGAAGCAUAAAAUCAAGCUAUCGAUGAAGACUGUAUGGCCCGUUAGCAUUUUUGAAGAGCACCCAUGUAUUUUAAAAGAGAAAGGUGUCAUCAAAACUGGAGCAACAGAUCAGAUCAAUCAAAAAAUGGCCGAGGAAGUAAUACUCCACAACAAGGUAUUAAAUGAGCUGGAGGAGAAAUACAAUAAGUACAGGGAUGUGGUUUGCCACAUCCAGGAGACACUGGAUUCUGUAAAGGCCCCACUGCUGGGCGUAGAGUACUUGGUCGAACAUCCGCCAGAGCAGGCACACUACGAGCCCUCGUAUUUGUGCGUGCUUUGUUCCAAACAAGGCCAUCCGCGCACCAUUGUCAAUCACUUGACUUGUUAUUGGCAUCGAUUGAAUUACCUCCUCCGUCACUUCAGAACAGCUUGCAACCUGCUGGGGCCAUACCGCGGCGCGUCGAAGUAUCGCGACGGCGUGCACACUGUCGUCAACCGACUGGCACAGCGCAUCGACGACAAGUAUGGACGCCUCAAACCCGCAAAUAUCGAAAAAGAAGAAUUUGAGAAGGAAAAAGAACGCAUUACUCAGUGGAUCUUUAAGGGCUUUCAUUAUUCGGAAGAAUGUGGUAACACUUUUGAGGAGAUUGUGGAUGUAGACCUGAUCAAGUCCUUGGCCCUACCAGGUGGAGGCGGCAAGAGUGGAGAGAGAAAUCCGUCUCCUCCCGUAGUGCCAGCACCUACUAAACCACAGCCCAGCAAUACUAUUCGCGGGGGUGGUCGGCAACUGCGUCGCGCUAACUCCGCGGAGUCGCUGUCCGACGUCAGCGACGAGGAGAUCCAGCGCCCCUCGGACCACGCGCGACCCACCUAUAGAGGGAAAUAUGAACCUCUACGCAAGCCAUCCUAUGAACCAUACCCGGAUAAAAAUGCCUCCUCAUUUCGCUCUCGUUAUGCGAUAAGAAAUGUUGUUGAGAAGACCGCCGAUAAGACGCCGAAACAGUCAAAUCAUUCAUACAAGGUGAAACUAGCUGAAGAAAAGAAGCAGACUUUAAUAGAAGCCGCUAAGAAGACUCUAGCCUACCACGAAAAGAAUCCGGAGAAACAUCCCCUGUAUCCUGAGGAGUGGAAGAAAUUCUGGAACAAACGCUACAAGGAAAUACAGGCUGAGGGUAAAGAUCCUGCAAAACAUGACUUCAAACCAGAGUGGAUAGCGUUCUGGACAAUCCGCAUGAAGGAGCUGCACGACGAGGAGUUGCGCGUCAAUGUCACGGAACUGUAUCGCAAGUUGUGUCUACCGACGCCUGAGAUAACGAGCUUUUGCGAGGUGAAGCUUUCUCCUGAGUCACGCAGGUCUACUAGUGUCAAAAGGCGAUCCCCUAAUGCCAGAAGUCGCUCGCCUACUGUUAAGCGGCGAUCUCCUGAUUCUAGAAGACGAUCACCUGACCCCAGAAGGCGAUCGCCGGAGCUCAGAAGGCGAUCGCCUGAUUCUAGAAGACGAUCGCCUGACUCUAGAAGGCGAUCACCUGACCCUAGAAGGCGAUCACCAGACUCGAGAAGGCGAUCGCCAGACCCGAGAAGGCGAUCGCCUGACCCUAGGAGGCGAUCGCCAGAUCCUAGGAGGCGCUCACCGGACCUCAGGAGGAGAUCUCCAGAUCCAAGAAGGCGAUCACCUGAUCUCAGAAGACGCACGCCUGAUCACAAUAGGCGUCAAUCACCGUUCAAGCGAAAAUCACCUCUUCCAAGGCAGAGGACCCCGGAAAGAAGACGGUCACCGCCUGAAUUUCAACGAGAUAAAAGGUCCCUACCGCGUCGUCCCACUCCAGAGCGCACCUUCAAUCCGCACCGCUCCAGGAGCCCAAUUCAGAGGCGCGCGAGCCCGCUGUCGCAGCGCGCCGCAGCACGCAACAGCAGCCCGCACGCCACCGCGCCCUCCAUGCAGACCGUGCUCAUCUCCGACGACGAGCUCAAGCCUGACGAUGGGCUAUCACCGUGGAACUCUGACAACGACAUCGAGUCGGUGGUGUCGGUGGCUGAUAUACGUUCGCGUGGCGGUAGCGUGGCGUCGCACCAGUCGCGCUCGCGGCCUCGGCUGCACUCGUCGCACGCCAUGCACUCCGUGCACUCCACGCACGCCACGCGUUCUUCACCAGCGCCGCACGACUACGGCUCCGCUGACAACGUCAUCGCCACCGUACGCCUUCUCGUCGCACUCGAAGACUAUCUCGGAAGCCUCGGGCCCAAGAUCAUCGACCUGCUCACCGAAGCACUCAAGAUGGAGAAGGAAAAAGCGAACUCGUCAGAGGAACUACUUGAGCGCGAAAAUGUGGUGGCUUUACUGGAGACCGCUAAGGAGAAACUGAAGGGUGCAGUGCAAGCGGGGCUGGUUUCUGGCAGCGCGGCCAACGCGGUCCGUGCGGCCGUCGUCCGCGUGGCCGCCACGCUGCACGAGGCCGACUUGCGCACGAAGAGAGCGCAGAAGAGUAGCGGCGUGGCGAAGAGUGGUGGCGGUGUUGCCGGCGCGGGCGGUGGGGGGCAGGCGGCGGUGCCGGUGGCGGGCGUGGGCGCGGUGGAGCGCGCGGAGAUCGCGGCGCAGAUGGCGGCCGCGCUCGUCGCCGAGGGACGCACCGACGUCUCGCCCGAAGAGCUGGCGCAGCUCGUCGACGCCGUCGUUGGAAUGGCUGAAGCAAAGAAACGUGAAGCGCAAGCUAAGAAACAGGCUGAAAUCUUAACUCCAGCUCCCAUUUCAGCUAAACCAAAGCCUACAGUAUCUACGGCAUCUGCUCUGCAAAUGCUACAAUCCGCUUAUGAUGACAAAAACGCACCUGUACAAAAAGAAGACGCUACAGAUGCUAUGGACGGGCUAUCGGACUCGGACUUGGAGACUUUGCUGAAGAAUUUCAAUGAAUUGUCAGCGGAAGAGCAGCACAGCCUUAUCGCGUACCUCAAGAAGUUGGAGGUGCGCGAGCCUCAGCGAGUUGAGAAGCUGAGACAAUUCGUGAGUGCGGCCGCCGUAAACGCUUAUCCUCAGAAAGAACAAGAAAACAACGAGCCUGUCCCCAUCGAGAGCGACGAUGACGAUUACACCGUUGAAGAAGUGUUCAAGUCUGCAACACAGAAGGUGAAAGAAAACCAAAUCCAGCAGGAAAUGGAAAUCGUUAAAAAGUCAUUAGAAGAAACAAAGACAGUUGAAGAAGAUCCAGUAAUAGAAGUAGAACCCAUGAAAGUAGACCCAAGUAUAAACAUUAUGAAAAAUAUAUCAUCAGCCGCCGACCUUUUAGCGUUGGUUCAAGCUUCGAUACAAUCAACUUCGCAGUCAAAGCCAGCUCAAAUUAGCCAGACGGCAGAAGUAGUUACUAGCACCAGUCUACCCAGGUCCUUUGGAGAUAUGCCAGACCCGCCCGCUAUGAAUGUGGAACCUAUAAAACCUCUUAUAUCCAAUAUGGCACCGAAUCAAAUGGCACAAGAACAACCUGCCGUAUUUGAAAACCAGCAAGCAAUAUACAACAACCAAGGUGGAUUGCUCCGUACACCUCAGAACCAAACUAACUUUGGAGAUAUUAGAAACAAUCCUAAUGAGACAUACAAUCAGAAUAUGAACCAGAACAUGCAAAAUCACGAUAGAAUCUCUGUAAUGCAUAACAGACCGCCUUUAAUAUCAGAUAAUAUGCGGCCUUUAAUUUCUGACAAUAGGCAGCCGCCAGUAACGGAUAAUUUACGGCCUCUACUGGCCGGCAACAGGCAGUAUCCAAUGACGGAUAACAGAAGACCGUUAUUAGGUGAUAAUAGGCAGCCACAAAUUUCAGAAAAUAUACGACCUUUAAUGGGCGACAAUAGACAGCCGCAAAGAUCAGAUAAUAGAGGGCCAUUAAUGGGUGACAAUAGGCAAUCUCAAAUGUCUGACAAUAUACGGCCUUUAAUGGGCGACAAUAGGCAGCCGCAAAUGUCGGAUAACAGACGGCCUGUAAUCGGUGACAAUAGGCAACCUCAAAUGACAGAAAAUAUAAGACCUUUAAUGGGCGACAAUAGGCAGCAACCACAAAUGUCAGAUAAUAGAGGGCCUUUAAUGGGUGACAAUAGGCAACCUCAAAUUUCUGACAAUAUACGACCUUUAAUGGGCGACAAUAGGCAGCCGCAAAUGUCAGGAAAUAUACGAUCAUUACUACCUGACAAUAGGCAGCCUUUCAUGUCAGACAAUAGAACGCCUUUAAUGGCAGACAACAGACAGCCUUUAAUGGCCGACAAUAGACAGCCUUUUAUGACUGAUAAUACACAGCCAUUGAUGUCAGAUAACAGGCAACCGACAAUGACAGAUAACAGACAAAAUUUAAUGACAGAGAAUAGGCAACCUUUUGUGGGUGAUAAUAGAGGAGAACCAAUGAGAACAGGCUACGAUAAUUAUAACCAGGGAAAUUCGUAUAAUCAAGGGGCACAAAACAAUUUCAGGAACGGUCGUGUGCAGGAUAAUUACAAUCCACAUGCGAAUGAAAUGAACCAGCAACAACAGUAUUCUAACUACAAUCAGAACUCGAAUGCAAACUUUCGAGGCCGAGGCAGAGGACACUACGGCGGUGGGAGAGGCCGUGGUAGGGGAAGAAAGUAACAGUUUUAUAUUUACUGAAAUACUUUAUACAUAUGAAGUAGUUAAGUUACUUGAUACAGUCACCGUGUGGUCACUUUCAAAUGUAAUUUUAAGGUUCUAAAUAAAUAAUGCAGUU